AUGACCGACAAUUCAGAAAGUCGAUUCCUCAAACCGCCAAGCGACACGGAAUACCCCCCUCAAUACCGCGCCGCAUCCUUCUACAGCCCUCUUCACACCUUCCAGCUACCAAGGGCGGAUAACCGGCAUUACCAACAACAAUAUGGCGACAUGUACUUCUUGCGUCUCGCGAGGUUGAAACCGGCAGCAGAACAGGUUGCAAAAGAGGCGUGGGAUGGUUUCAGUAUCGCAGGGGAACAUGCCCGUCGGGUGGAGAGAGUGCUGGAUGUGCGACAAGGAGAGCUCUGCUGGGUUGUGGGGACUGUAUACAUGGAUCUGCCGCUGAAGCCGAAUAUCCUGGAUGAUGUGGUCAAAGAUCACUUUACUGCCGCUCCACCCCCUCGUCGUACCUAUGUCGAUCCGUCAAAUCCGUCGUUAACGCAGAUAAUGUUGGAAGACGAAUCGGGUCGUCUUCGGUUGACGGGAAAUGUGCUACGAACAACACAUUUAGUGACCGGUGUGAUUAUUGCUGUUCUGGGAACAGAAAAUUCAAACGGCGACUUUGAAGUCAUCGACAUCAAAGUCCCUGACUUUCCUCCCCAGCCUCGACGAUGGGAGAGGGCCGCCAGUGAUAAUGUAGACAGCAAACUGGAGCAGCCUGACGAGAAGAAAAGGAAAGGCUCGACAAAGAUAGCUUUUGUUAGUGGUCUGGGCAUCACUGGAACUUCGAGCGAUACUCUGGCCCUGGAGCUCUUGACGGAUUAUCUGCUUGGGUACACCGGGCCUUCUGAGGAAGAUGAGCCUUGCGCGUCAAGGAUCAGCCGGCUCAUUAUUGCUGGAAAUUCGCUGGGCGACGCAGAAACCGCUAAUGCAGCAAAUGCUGACAGUGCCACUGACGGCAAAAAGAAGCCGGCUCCGAAGAAGUACGGCUAUGAUGCAUCCGCUUACAAUCCUUCUCCAAUUACACAACUCGAUUCUUUUCUCACAGAGAUUCUUCCCAGCAUACCCGUGACACUUAUGCCGGGCGAGACGGACCCGGCCAAUUUCUCCCUUCCUCAGCAAGGAAUUCAUCGAGCAAUGCUACCCAGGGCCAGGGCAUACUGCUCGGAUAGUCGGCCUGGAGAUGAAAAUGCGGAGCCUGGUUGGUUCGACAGUGUCACCAACCCAUGGGAAGGUUAUGUGGAAGGAUGGCGUCUGUGGGGUUGCAGUGGCCAGAAUGUCGACGAUGUUCUUCGUUACUUGGACUUUGCCGAUGAGGAUGGAAAUGUUGAAUCGGAUAGAGACGAUGGGGAUACUCGACUGAGGAUUAUGGAAGCGAUGCUGAGGUGGAGAUGUGCAGUUCCGACUGCACCUGACACGCUAUGGUGCUAUCCCUUCCAAACCCACGAUCCGUUCAUUCUGCAAGCCUGUCCACAUAUAUUUUUCAUUGGCAACCAGCCUCAAUUUAAAACCACAGUGGUAGAAGGUGAAUCCACCUUCCGUCUCAACGGCACGGACGCAGACAUGCCCGACGCCGCAGACGACAGUCUUACCCCUCGAGUCCGUCUUCUCGCGAUCCCCAAGUUCCAUGAGACGGGGGAGCUGAUCCUCGUCGACACGGACACGCUAGAGGUGGAAGUAGUGAAGUUUGAUGUAUUCUCAGGGCAGGAAGAGAAGAAGUAA